CUAUAUGGAAUACAUAUUGGUUUUUGAGCGAAAAAUAUUGUGGGUGCCACAGUAAGAUUAUUGUAGGGAAUACUCAGUGGGGUCUGUAGAAUGUAUUAUGGUGUCAUUCAAUUGCGCUCUGAAUAAUACGGAGUGUUGCUGGCCUUUUACCAUUAUUCAUUGGCCACAACUCGAAUCACUGUAUAUGGCAUAGUUUUCGCAUUGUCACACAUUGGACGAGAAAAGUAAAGGGACAAACUGUAUUUCCUAAGUACGGUGUUACAUGUAAACAGGGAGAAGGAAAAACAGAUAAAACGCAGAUUGCAUUCAAAUCUUAGAUGGAGGAUUUUACCUCUCACUUUAUCAGGAAACGUAGAAACAAGAUGAAUAUUCUUCCCACACUGUGAACUACUAAUAGCUAACAAAUUAACUGUAUAACGUUAGCUAGCUAUGUAAACUUAUUUGCAUUGCACAAAGCCCAUGGGCAUAUCUACUGUAUCUAACGUUAGCUAGCUUAAUAUUUUUCUUAAACCUAUGUUUCCGUGUGGGGGAUUGGGAAUGUGUGGGGAUACUUUGUUGUCACAACCUGGACAGUGAAAAAGACUGCACCACUGUGCACUGGGCGUCUGACAGAUUUUUGCACUCAUGUCCUGAAAUGAUCUAGCUACUGUACUAUAUCUUCUCUUUUAUUAUUCCAUUGUCAAGUUAUAUCAAUGUUUAGGGCACAAGUUAAGCAUGCGAAAAGUAUGAAUAAGGUUCCAAACAAGACAGGCGCCAACAAAAGUAGAAGUGGCCUCCAGAGAAAUAACUGCUCGAGCACUCCAAGGAACCCAAAUUUACCGAAAGUAAGCAAUAGGGCGAGAUUACAUCUCAAUAUCACUUGAGGUCAUUUCCUAAAUCUAAUUCGGUGUUUAUAUUUUUACACCACUAGAGAAACUUUUUCACAUUUGUAUGAUACUUUCAAGAAAACACAAAUAGCAGCCAAAGCAGACAAUCAAAUUAUGGGUAUUCACUCCAAAAAGGACUUUGUAAAGACAUAUGCCUUUUUUAUUUUUAUUAAACCUUUAUUUAACUAGACAAGUCAGUUAAGAACAAAUUCAUAUUUUACAAUGACGGCCUACUCUGGAUGACGCUGGGCUAAUUGUGCGCCACACACACAGACAAUCACAAGGACAGGUGAAACAGAUCAGGGUGUGACAUCAUGAGACAGGGCGCCAUUAUACAGCUCUCUGAGGAAGAACUGGGGGGAGCUGCACCAUCAGUACCAGGGACUCUGUUGUCAUGGACACCACCCCCAAGAAGUACUGCAAGGAGCGUCUGGAGAUGAAGCAGCUGGAGAGAGACAUUGACCUCAUCAAGCGAUACAAGACCAUCUACAUCCCCAACAACAACUAACACCUCUUAAGUCUCAAUGGCAAAUGCCAGAAUUGUAAACAGAUAUUCAGUGAGGAAAAAAAACAUAUGCCCUGAGUGCUAGAUAUGAAAUUGUCUGGCAAAUUGUCAUAUCCCUCUCACUGUCUCUGUCUAUGAUUUCACAUUGUUUUGGUAAACUAAAUUAACUCUGCACUAUAUUUAAAUAUAUUUUUGAAAAUCUGCUUACAACAGUUUAGACAUAUUACUACAUACUACGUCAUGAUGUAAUCCUUGUAGGUCAUUGUACAAGAGCCUUGAAUGAGCCUAUACUUAUCUGGUCCUUUGCCACAGUUUCUUGAACCAAAUUAUUAACUUUUCCUUUUAAGCAAGCAUCCGAGCCUACAGGAAAACUACUACAUGAAAUCCCAUGCAGCUGAUUAUCCACCCCCGUGGAUCUAAUUGUGCCAUUCGGUGGUUUAUUCAGAAGGACUGGAAAACAACAACCACCUCUUUUUAGUUACACUAAUGACUUUAGCAUGAGCAUGCUUGCCUUGUUGGCUAGUUUUGAGUUUCAGCCUAAAAUUGCACAAAUAAUCUCUCUUUAUAAAGUGGAAAAGUUGUCAUAAUACAGGGCGUGUUUACUUUGAGGAACACUCACUUUUCACCGUUAUCUUGCUUGUGAUUGUAGUAAUUUGUUCGCUCCCCUAGUCCUUGUCUGCUGACUGAUUUUUUUACUUCAACUGUCUGUCAUCGCGGAAAAACAUCAUGGCAGAAUGCGUUCCAUCCAGAGCCACGGGAAUGGAAGGAGGAAUUGUGAUUAAAGAUGAUUGGCCCGGAUACAGUUUAGAGCUCUUCACUUAUCCAGAGCAUUACCGCGAAGAUAUAGAGAGUGUCUACAUUCCACAUGGGGUUAUCAUGGACAGGACAGAGCGCCUGGCCCGACACAUCAUGGAUGACAUUGGGGAUCAUGACAUGGUGGUGCUGUGUGUACUGAAGGGAGGGUACAAGUUCUGUUCCGACCUGGUGGAGUUCAUUAAGGUACAAUGCCGCAACUCCAACAAGCACCUGGAGACCAGAGUGGAGUUUAUUAGGCUUAAGAGCUACCUGAAUGACCAAUCAACAGAGGACCUGCAAAUAAUAGGAAGUCAAGAUCUAUCUGUUCUACGAGGCAAGAAUGUCUUGAUUGUAGAGGCUAUAGUCGACACAGGAAAGACAAUGAAGGCGCUUCUGAAGCAUGUGGAGGCCUUUGAACCCAAGAUGGUAAAGGUCGCCGGUCUGCUGGUGAAAAGGGUCUCUAAUGUGGUUGGAAGCCUUCCAGACUAUGUGGGGUUUGAAAUUCCCAACCGUUUUGUCGUGGGCUAUGCUUUGGACUACAACGAGUAUUUCCGUGACCUGAAUCAUAUCUGUGUCAUAAGUGAGAUUGGAAAGGUGAAGUACAAGAUUUGAAGAGAAGUCAACACAUACAUGGGUUGUUCAGAGUUGCAGUUUUCAACUUGUGGCUGCAAGUGCCUUGCCUUCUCAUAUCUUCUUUCGUGCUCUGUUGAGGAUUAUCGUUAGUUUAUUAAUUUCAUAAAAAGAAACACACCUUGCAUGUGCUUUAUGCAACAAAAAAAAAACGAGAUCUGUGUUAUUCAUGUUACAUACAACCUUGAUUGCCACAUUUUAAGACAGACACACUGAAUGUUUUUUUAAUUGUUUUUUUAACAUAUGCUAUUGUUUUUGUAAACAUCAUAUUACAUUGUUGAGUGAAUAGGCUUUUACAUAAUAUGCAUUUAUAUGUAUUUGUGAAAUACUCAUUUUGUCCCCAAUGAUCUAAUAUGUGCCAAGCACAAAGAAAUAAACUAUGCCAUUUUGAAUAACAAA